AUGUCCACUAAAAUCAACAUCUUAAUGACCGGAGUUACUGGUUACAUUGGCGGUUCUGUUCUUACUCGCUUCUUGAAACGGCCUGACCACAAGUUUUUCAAAAUCACCACGCUUGUACGUUCCCCAGAGAAGGCAGAAAAACUCAAAGCGCAUGGUGUCCACGCAAUUGUGGGCACACACGAUGAUAGCAAGGUGAUGGAAUCGCUGGCGGCGGAUCAGGAUGUCGUCAUUGCAAUGGCUGACGCUGACAAUCUCAAAGCCACCAAAGCAAUAUUGAGCGGUUUGAAGAUUAGGCACGAGGAAACCGGAACUGUUCCGAUCUUGAUACAUACCUCUGGAACAGUGGAUAUAGGUGUCCUUAGUGAUAGCGCUGGUGGAAAAUUUACUGGAGAAACCAUAUACGAUGAUGCCAACCCUGACCAAAUCGAAUCCCUCCCAGACACCCAAUUACACAGGAACGUAGAUCUUGAAAUUCUGCGUGCUGAUAAAGAAGGGUACAUCAAGAGCUAUAUCAUACUCCCGUCAACUAUCUGGGGGGAAGCUACUGGUGUUAUGGUGGACGAGGGAAUCCAAAACCCUCGUUCGAUACAGGUCCCAGAACUUAUUCGUGCUUCAUUAGCUCGUGGACGAGCUGGGAUGGUAGGAGAGGGAAAAAACUUGUGGCCCGACUCUAAUAAUCACCUAUCAGUGGCCGACCUUUACCUUGUCCUAUUCGAUUCAAUUCGUUCAAACCCCUCAACCGGACAUGGACGUGAAGGUUUUUAUUUUUCAGAAAAUGGGGAACAUAGUUUGUACAGCGUGGGAAGAGCAAUCGGCGACGCCUUGGUUGCUCUCGGAAAGUCAGACAACCCUGAGCCAACUGCUUUCACCAGAGACGAACUGAAUAAGUAUUUUGGGGCGAGUACUAUUUCAGCCUCACAUAAUUUGUACUGA